AAUCUGGAGAAUGGAGUGCUUGUCCUCCUUCCAUUUUUGUUGAUAUAUUGUUUAAUGAUAAGAAUCUAUUUUAUUUUCAAAAAAGAAAAACUAGUCAAAUUAUUGAAAUUUCUUUUCAUACUCGCUGUAAAAGCAUGAGUAUAAGAAAGAGUAUUAGGUACAUGUAAAUCCAUCCUUCACACAGUAAAAGUGAUAUUGGAGUAUUUGAUCAUUGCUAACUUCUUUUGACUCAAAAACACAUGAACUAUUUUAAAUUAAACAAAUUCCGAUUCAUAUUUUUUGACCUCGUCCAUUUCUUGUUCCAAAAUUAGUGGGUCAGACACCGGUUCAUGUUCAAACUCCCAACACGAUGAAGGAUCCUUGAGCUGGCUUGACCUGAAUCCUAAUACGGGUGAUGACCCAUGUUAUGGGUUUUGACCAAACCCAACUUACAAAUCGGUGAAUUUGGUUUCUCUGUGGCACAGAAAAAACAAUGGAGUUUACUCUCUUCUCUGUUUUGCCAUUCAAAGCUCGGAACAUGGAAAACUCUGUUUGUUUGACUCGGGCAAUUAAGAAGAAGAAGAAAAUUGAUCCUAUUAUCAACCAAAGAGUCAUAGCCGACCAAUGAAGCUGUUCCAAAAGUAUUCCCUUCUUCACAAUACUUCAAACAAGAAGCCUUCAAUUUCACGCCCUGCAGGAAAAAAAAAAAGGUUCUUAUUUAGUUCCAGAAUGAGGAGGAAGAGGACAAAUAGGUGAAUCCAGCAGGACUAACACUCUCAGUCUUCGGUGCAUCGCUAAUAGGUCGUUUUCUUCGGUUUCUUCUUGUGGGUGCUUUUCUCUAUCUUUUACUUGCUUGUAGUUCCCGUCCAAGACGAAUUAGUGCAAAAACAAACAGGGUUUUGUUGGAGUAGUCAAGCUUUCCCAUUUCUUCUUCAGGUUCAUUUCCUCGUUAGUUCUUCUCCUCUGGAAAUGUUGAACUUUCCUCGCUUGGUGACAUUUUGAAUUCUUUGAAUUUUGUUGUACACAGAUACACAUGUAUUUUACGUCCCUUACUUGAAAGUUUCUUCUUGUUUUUAUCCUCAAUUUGGUCUCAUUAUUCAUUUAAUUCCUUGAUAAUCUUCAGUUGAAUUCAAUCCUGUCUAUGUAAACAUUUCCUCUCUCAAAUUUCUGUUAAGCUUUUUCUUCUAUUGAAUUCUGGAAUACUGGUUUGAUAUUUCUCUCCUGUCAAUACUCUCAAUAUUUCGUUCCUCCUAAAUCUCCCUAUCCACCACUUCACCGGAAAAAAGGAAACUAGAUGCAAAAAUGGGAGAGCAAAAGCUUCUCUGAGCUUGUAUCAGAGUUACAAGCCUCAGCAGAAGAGGUUGCAUCGCUAGCAAAGAACUCUGAAUACGAGAGAGAAGUCUUCACUGAAUUUGCAGUUCUGCUUGAGAAGUUCACGCCAAUUCUCAUAGAGUUGAAGGAAAAUGGUGAUGAUAUGGAUAGUCAAACAGUCAGAAAAGCAGUUGAAUCCCUUAAAAAGGAGCUUAGGCGUGCUAUGGAGUUCAUUAAAAGCACCGAAUCACCCUUCCAGCGGAUGGAAGACAUGACUCAAGAUCUUGGGAGAUCUUUAGGCCUUGUGCUCUUUGCAAGUAUUGAUGUGUCUCAAGAAAUCAAAGAAAAAGUUGCAGCACUGCAUAAAGAAUUGAUGAAUGCCAAGUUUAAUACCAGUUUAAGUACAAGUCUAUGUCCUAGUGCAAAUCCCAGUCCAAGACCAAGUCAAGAACCAUGGUUUGGGAAUGAACUGGACUCUCAGAGGGAAAUUAAGGUAGAAAGCAUUGUUCUUAGUAUUGAAGAUGUCGUAUUGCAACUUAAGUAUGGUAAUGAUGAAGAAUUUACGCUUGCACUUUGGGGAUUGCGUGAUUUUAUCAAGGAUCAAACUAUUGACAAAGAGUGGAUUAAUGAUGAAAGAGUUAUUCCAAUUCUGUUUAAUCGGUUAGGUUCAAUCAAGCCUCACAGCCGGUUGACUGUCAUUCAUCUACUAAGAAUCCUUGCUUCUGUUAAUACUGAAAACAAGGAAAAGAUGGCAGAUGUUGGAUCAUUAUCACUAUUGGUGAAAUCUUUGACACAAGAAGUGGAGGAGCAAAGGGAAGCUGUAGGACUUCUAUUGGAACUCUCGGUGAUUUCUGCAGUUCCGCGGCGUAUUGGAAGAAUUCAAGGCUGUAUUUUUGUGCUAGUCGCUAUGCUUAAUGGUGAUGACCCAACUGCCUCUCACAAUGCAGGAGAGUUGUUGACUGCAUUGUCAAGCAAUACUCAAAAUGCGCUUUAUAUGGCUGAGGCUGGUUACUUUAAACCUCUAGUGCAUUACCUAAAGGAAGGCUCUGAUAUGGCUAAGGUCCUCAUGGCAACAGCAAUUGCAAGAAUGAAGCUCACUGAUCAAAGUAGAGCUUCCCUUGGUGAAGACGGGGCAAUUGAACCCCUAGCCAAAAUGUUUAAAGCUGGAAAUCUUGAAGCCAAGUUAUCUGCGUUAAAUGCAUUGCAGAAUUUAUCAAUGUCAACGGAAAAUAUAAAGCAUCUAAUCAGUUCAGGCAUUGUAGUCCCCCUGCUUCAGCUGCUAUUCUCUGUCACAUCUGUGCUCAUGACUCUUCAGGAACCAGCAUCAGCCAUACUUGCAAAGAUAGCUGGAUCUGAAUCUGUUCUGGUUAACCAAGAUAUUGUUCAGCAGAUUCUCUCUCUUUUGUAUCUGUCCAGUCCAGUAGUUCAGUUUCAUCUCUUACAAGCACUCAAUAGCAUUGCUUCCCAUUCUAAGGCUACCAAAGCAAGGAAAAAGAUGAGGGAAAAUGGUGCAUUCCAGCUUCUCUUGCUCUUCCUCACAGAGACUAGUAUAAAAAACAGAACUGCUGCCUUAAAUUUGCUCUACACUCUUUCUAAAGAUUCACCAGAAGAAUUGAUGGAACAGCUCGGAGAAUAUCAUGUUAAUAACAUUGUAAGUGUUGUCUCUUCAUCAACAUCUGAGGCUGAAAAAGCUGCUGCAAUUGGAAUACUGAGCAAUGUCGUCGUUGAUAAUAAGAAAGCAACAGGUGUACUUGAGAAAUCUAACUUGCUACCGGCUCUGAUCUUAAUCAUGAGUUCAAGUGAAUCAACUUCAACGCCCACAACAAGCUGGUUAAUGGAGAACAUCGCAGGCUUAUUUAUUCACUUUACAGCUCCCUCUGAUAAGAAACUACAGCGUCUUUCUGCAGAAUUAGGAGUGAUUCCUUUGCUUGUGAAGUUGCUGUCAACUGGGUCAUUGGUUGCCAAGUGUAGAGCUGCAACCUCACUAGCUCAACUGUCACAGAAUUCAUUAGCUCUAAGAAAGUCCAGAAAAUCGAGGUGGACAUGUAUUCCUCGUUCAGCAGAGGCUUUUUGCGAAGUUCAUGAUUGCUACUGCAUUGUCAAAAGAACAUUUUGUUUGGUCAAGGCUGGUGCUAUCUGUCCACUGAUCAAAAUAUUGGAAGGAGAAGAGAGAGAAGCUGAUGAAGCUGUUCUUGAUGCACUUGGAACUCUAUUUCAAGAUGAAAUAUGGGAAAGUGGAAGCAACUAUAUGGCUAGAAUGUCAGUUUUCCAAGCAAUAAUAAAGAUUUUAGAAUCUGGAAAUGUAAAUGCUCAAGAAAAAGCACUGUGGAUAUUGGAGAGGAUCUUUAGAAUUGAGGAACACAGAACAAGAUACGGAGAGUCUGCUCGGGGAGUGCUCAUCGAUCUUGCACAUAAUGGUGAUCCGAAAUUAAAAUCAACAGUUGCAAACGUUUUGGCACAGCUGGAGCUCUUGCAAGCUUAGUCUAGUUACUCCUAAGAGAAUUCAACAUUCAUGCAAUUUGUUUCAUACUUUCAUGCGCAUGGUCGCUUCGUGACUCUGUUCACAUUAUUUAGCUGUUAUUACUUUGACUGAUUCCGAGUCUUUGAGGCAAAGGAUUCGCAAGAAAUUACAGGCUUAGUGAAGUAGAAAUUUGUUGCAUCUUCUGAAUUUUGCUGGUAUUCUGAUUAUUGAAAAUAAGGUCAGAUCUGAAAAAUAUGCAGAUAUCGUACAAUGAAUCAAUCAGGUUCAGAAUCUUUCUUCUUUGUCACCAGAU